GAAUUAUGGUGACAGACUGGUCACACUGAUGAGAGAAGUGAGACAGUUAUCUGCCCUUGGUUUUGCUGUUUCUGCCAAGAUACAUAUUGCAUCCACAGCACAGAAAUUCUAAGGCACAGAUGCAUUUUGAAGCAGGUUGCUCAUUUCUAUAACACGAUUGAUCAGCAGAUGAUUCCCAGUCAGAAAACAAUGAUGUUAGAGGCUGCCCUACAGUUUGAAAAACUGGCAAAAAAUCCCAAAACUGGAGCAAAGGUGAAAGGAGAGGAUGUAUUGAUGACCUGGGACAACCCAGAGGAGUUAGAGAUCUACAUCAGGAAACUGCAAACUGCUGCAGAGAAACUUACAACUAUGAAUAGAAUACUGCAGAAAUCUCACUUUGAUAUAAAUGACAAGGUUCAGCAGUGGAUGAGUGUAGACUUAUUUAGGCAGGACAAGAAGUGGAAGGAGAUAUUGACAGACAUUAGGUACCCUAUGACUGAAAUCACAGCAAAGGUAAAAAAACUUUAUCUCUUACGUGAGUUUACAAACUUUGAAUUUCAUUGUCAUCUUCAGAAGAAACAGGUCACUUGUUAGAAUAAAACUAUUAGAAUUUCAAAUUUCAUGGCAAUAUGGUGGAACUAUACUGAUGUGGUCAUGCUAAAUCUUGCUGUUUAUACAAAGAAUGCAUUUUCUUUUCAUUUUUAAGACCGUAGUGGU